CACUCAUCUUUGACGAGGAACAUUCAUGUUUCAUAACAGCAUUUCAUUAAUCACAUGUCAACGGGUUCAUUCGUACGAUUGUUUAUCCAAUCUGAAUAUUCAUGCUAAACAAAGAUACAUAUUGAUUUAAUCAAAUUUUAAAAGUGUCUGAAAUACAUGUGUUAGACGUCCUGAUUUUUGGUAGUUAAAAAGAUGACGAUUUCUACUGAAAUGAACAUGACUAUCAAUAUAACGGAGCUGCAAGUGCAAAUCGCCGAAUUAAGGAGUGCCCAAGCGAGUCUCCUCCACUGGCAGGCGUAUACAAACAAUAAUCUUGACCACUUCUUCAGGAUUGCCCUUGCCAUCAUUGUAUUCUUGAUGCAGGGUGGGUUCGCCAUGCUUGAGGCUGGAUGCGUUAGAAGUAAAAACGCAACCAAUAUACUCAUAAAAAAUCUGCUCGACUCCUUCAUAGCUGGUUUUUCUUACUGGCUGGUGGGCUAUGCAUUUGCCCUGGGGAAGGGAAACUCAUUUAUCGGCUAUACCUAUUUUGCUCACUACGGUUUACAACUGGAGAACUAUUCACUGUGGUUUUUCCACUAUGUUUUCGCCGCCACUGCUGCAACUAUCGUUUCCGGUUCCGUCGCAGAAAGGUGCGACUUUAUCGCCUACCUGAUAUACAGCUCAAUAAUAACAGGUUUUAUUUACCCUGUCCUCGUACACUGGGCGUGGACACCAGAGGGCUGGUUAGCCAAGGGUUUCACUUAUGAACAUAACGGGGAUAUACUGACCAUUACAUACAGAGACUUCUCCGGAAGUGGUAUAGUCCACAUGCUAUCUGGCCUCGCAGCUUUCGUCGGAGCCAAGGCGCUCGGUCCCAGGGUAGGGAGGUUCGAUGACGUCACUGGUAAACCAUGUGAAAUACAGGGACAUUCCAUCGUGUUGUCUGCCCUUGGCGGGUUUAUCCUGCUGUUUGGGUUUCUCGCCUUUAACGCAUCGGCCGUUGGAACACUCUCCGGAGAAGGUCAAGGAGAACUGAUGUCAAAGAUAGUGACCAAUACCAUCAUGUCCGGUUCUUCGGGUGGUCUUGUGGCCAUGGUAACGAAAUACAUCACAGGAGAUUCAAAAUGGCAGUUUACUAUUACACUCAAUGGAUCUCUUGCUGCUAUGUGUGCUAUUUGCGGCUGUGUGGACAACAUACAUACAUAUAUAGCUGUGGUUAUAGGGGCAAUAGGAGGAGCAAGCUAUGUGUUCUUCAACUGGUUUGUCCUCCACAAAUGUCGAGUCGAUGACCCUCUGGAUGCUGUAGCAGUUCAUCUGGGUGGCGGAUUUAUUGGUGUCCUUUCUGUAGCGUUUUUCCAUAACGAGGUCGGGAUUUUCUUUAACUGGAACAUGGAGUCUGGUUUGACACUUGCCUGGCAGUGUGUCGGGAUUCUGGCCGUUGUGGGAUGGACAGGCGGAAUGUGUGUAAUAAUGUUCUACACACUGAAGGCAUUGAAGAUACUUCGAGUUCCUCUGGAAUUCGAAUUAAAAGGCAUUGACAUCCCAAAGCAUGGCCAGCAUGCCUAUCCGUUGGAGGCUUACGGAAACGAAUGGGGGUUACCGGAGAAGGCAGAUGUCAUUGUACUACCUAAAGACGAGGACAAAGGUGCAAGAAACAGGAAAUCAAAUGGAAGCAACUUGGCGGCCUCAAAUGGAUCCCUUGCAUCCGACGUCACAAUGACAACAAAUAUAUGACAUUUGCGUAUCUCACAUCUCUAACAUGACUUGUAUAUGACGUAUUUGUAUCAGACGUCACCAUAUCGACAUAUAUGAAGUAUUUGCUUUUGACGUCAUCGCCAUCACAGAUUAUGGCGACUUUGUAUCUGACGUCAUCAUAUCGACAAACAUAUGUGGUUGAUAAAAAUUAAGAAAUAGCAUGCAAACAAAAUUAUCAAACUUAAAUCUUCCUCAUUAAAUUACUCUGCCAUGUUUCA